GGCAGUCUGAGAAGAUCAUUGCAGGGCUUCGUCCAAGCGUUUUAUAUUACUUGGCCCGCCUCGCUCACUUCUAAAGUUGCUUCUGUCGGCUUAACACUGAUACUAUUUUGGUACCUGAUUUCCAGAGAAAUAGUUUCCCAUUUCCCCGCCAAGAUCGCACCUUUACCGCCAGAGUAGUUCUUACCGCCAUUAAAACCCCUACUAUCGGCCACUAUGGUCCAUCUCGCAGCAAUUCGAAAGGAAUCGGCAGCCUUGCCGAUUCGACCAAUCCAGCGUAUCGAAACUAUUCCGCUCGAGGAGCCUCAGGAACAUGAUUUUUAUUCCAGCGUCUAUGGCUCUCGGUUCGCGGCAGAGGACUUGCCUACGUUGGAGAUGCCAGAGAAAGAGAUGCCCAAGGAGGUGGCAUAUAGAAUGAUCAGGGACGAAUUGAGUUUGGAUGGGAAUCCGAUGUUGAACUUGGCAAGCUUCGUUACCACCUACAUGGAGGAAGAGGCGGAGAAGCUCAUGACCGAAUCGUUCAGCAAAAACUUCAUCGAUUAUGAGGAAUAUCCACAGUCUGCAGAGAUCCAGAACCGCUGCGUGAAUAUGAUCGCCCGCAUGUUCAAUGCUCCUGGAGAGGAUUCUCCAGAACAUGCGAUGGGGACAUCAUGUAUCGGUUCUUCGGAGGCUAUAAUGCUAGGCACACUUGCAAUGAAAAAGCGCUGGCAAAACAAGCGAAAAGCAGAGGGAAAGGAUUACUCACGCCCCAAUAUCGUCAUGAGCAGCGCCGUUCAGGUCUGUUGGGAAAAGGCAGCUAGAUAUUUCGAAGUUGAGGAGAAAUUUGUCUAUUGCACGACCGAAAGAUACGUCAUCGACCCGGAGGAAGCUGUAAACCUCGUGGAUGAAAAUACCAUUGGCAUUUGUGCAAUUUUAGGUACUACUUACACCGGCCAGUAUGAGGAUGUCCAAGCAAUCAAUGAUCUUCUUGUCGAACGUGGCAUCGAUUGCCCCAUCCACGUUGAUGCUGCCAGCGGUGGAUUUGUUGCUCCCUUUGUAAACCCGAACUUGGAAUGGGAUUUCAGACUAUGUGGUGGAAUUCCUCUAUUAAUGUCUCCGGACACAAGUACGGCCUUGUAUGUUUACCCUGGUGUUGGAUGGGUGGUCUGGCGUUCUCCGGAAUAUCUCCCUAAGGAGCUCGUUUUCAACAUCAACUACCUCGGCGCUGAUCAAGCUAGCUUCACCCUUAAUUUCUCCAAAGGUGCUUCGCAAGUCAUUGGUCAAUAUUACCAAAUGAUCCGCUUGGGAAAACGAGGCUACCGCUCCAUAAUGAUCAACCUUACACGCACCGCUGAUUAUCUCGGAGCUGCCCUGAAGGAACUGGGGUUCAUUCUCAUGAGCGAUGGUCGCGGGCAUGGCUUGCCCCUUGUUGCCUUCCGCCUUUCAUCCAAGCAGGGCUUUGAGUUCGAUGAGUUUGCGCUUGCACAUCAGCUUCGGGAACGUGGCUGGGUGGUACCUGCGUAUACUAUGGCGCCACAUAGCGAGCAGUUGAAACUCAUGCGAGUUGUUGUUCGAGAGGAUUUCAGUAGAAGCCGCUGCGACCUGUUAGUCGCGGAUAUUAAGCUUGCGUUGACACACCUGAGCGAGAUGGAUCGGAAGGCCAUGGACAAAUAUAAGCUCCAUGUGCGCCAACACGUUUCCAAUGUCGGCAAAGCCACCCAUAAUCCCCCGAUUUACAAGGAUGAUGAUCACUCGCUGCAAGGAAAGACCGGGAAAACUCACGCCAUCUGCUAAAUCAAAAAUUUGACGAUGGCUUCGCGAUGCCCAGCAGCAUGGGCUUUUGCAUGCUUGAAACACCGUACACGUCGUUCGUUCUUUUUCCACUUAGGAGUUAAUUGCCCCUGGUUAUCCCCAGGGUCCGAACAACCCCAUGCGUAGAUAAGUAUCGUAUCUUGGAUACAAGGACUGGUUAGAGUGUAGGGCUGCUCUUUAUUUCGCUAAAGCAAGGAUAUGAGAGAGAGAGGUUGAAUCUGGCGGGGGAGGUGUGAUGCAAGGAUAUCUCCCUAGCCAUAUAUGCAGACGUGUCUCCCACACCUGGCGGAAACCAAUCUUUCUUUUUUGCGGCUGGGAUGGGUUGCAGUCAGCAUUCUAGUUUCUCAAACCUGCGUCCCUAGCUCCAU